AUGGGUGAACCAGCUUCCAAGAAACAAAAGAUCGCUAACAACGCCUUAGCUCAACUAAAGGCUUCAGGUACCGUCGUCGUCUCUGAUACCGGUGAUUUUGAAUCCAUCGCCAAGUAUCAACCACAAGACGCUACCACCAACCCUUCCUUGAUCCUGGCUGCCUCCAAGAUUCCAACUUACGCUCAUUUGAUCGAUAACGCCGUUAAGUUUGGUAAGGCCCACGGUAAGACCACUGCUGAAAAGACUGAAGCUGCUGUCGAUAAGUUGCUAGUCGAGUUCGGUUCUGAAAUCUUGAAGAUCGUCCCAGGUAGAGUCUCCACCGAAGUCGACGCUAGAUUGUCCUUUGACACCAAGGCCACCAUUGAAAAGGCCAAGCACAUCAUUAGUCUGUACGAAGCCGUCGGUAUCUCCAAAGAACGUGUCCUGAUUAAGAUUGCUUCCACCUGGGAAGGUAUCCAAGCUGCCAAGGUCCUAGAAGCCGAAUACGGUAUCCACUGUAACUUGACCCUGCUGUUCGCUUUCUCUCAAGCCGUUGCCUGUGCCGAAGCCGGUGUCACUUUGAUCUCUCCUUUCGUCGGUAGAAUCAAGGACUGGUAUGCUGCUAAGACUGGCGAAGAAUACACUGGGGAAACCGACCCAGGUGUGAUCUCCGUCAAGAGAAUCUACAACUACUACAAGAAGCACGGCUACAACACCAUCGUCAUGGGUGCUUCCUUCAGAAAUACAGAUGAAAUCGAAGCCCUUGCUGGUGUCGACUACUUGACCAUCUCCCCUGCUCUAUUGGAAAAACUGUUGAACAGUGAUGCCGCUGUACCAAGAAAGUUGUCUCCAGAAGAAGCUAAGAAGCAAGGUGAUGCUAAGAUCUCUUAUAUCUCCGACGAAUCUAAGUUCAGAUUCGAUUUGAAUGAUGACGCUAUGGGUACUGAAAAGUUGGCCGAAGGUAUCAGAAAGUUCUCUGCUGAUAUCGUUACUUUGUUUGAAAUGAUCGAAAAGAAAGUUUCUGCUUAA